GCGUCAUCUCCGGGCGACAACAGAAACCAGCUUCGCGCCAACCAGUUGAAGUAAUUUGAUUACUUUUCUGACAUCUAUCUUGACUCACAACUGCGAAGAACCGUCUUCAUUAUGGUACGUUUCAGAUUUAAACUAUUUUGAUGUUUUUAUUUUAGUGCGAGCUGUCAUUAUAAACAACCUGUCCAAGUAAAUAAGGAGAUAAUCCUGCAGUCUCAUGAACCGUGCUCGCUCCAAAAGUGCUCACCGUGUUAGCUCCAGAGAAAGACUGAUCAACAUAUCAAUUAGAGCAAAAGGGUGAUAGUUAAAGGAGGAAAGGAUUUGGACCAUUAUUGUAACAUUUGAUACAUGUCCUCUUUUUUUGUUAACAAACUUUUAUCAUCCAUAUUCUGCGGAACAGACGUCUAAAAGUGAAAUCCUCAAACUGCAAAGCAUCAAUUUUUAGUCCCUCAGUGGAUAUAAGAAGACGCCUGUCUGCAGAGUACUCAGUAUGUGUGCAGUUUCCCCCAUUAAAGGUUAAAACGAGGCUCAUGAUGUGUCACACAUGUUUGUGUCACUCAGGACAUCAGGCGGUUCUUUGCACCGAGUUCAGUCAAGCCUGUGGUGCAGAACAAACCAGCUCAAAAUGGAAACAUCAAACCAGAGGAGAAGAAGAAGAAGAAGAGUCUGCCUUCAUCAGAUGAGGAAGUGAAAAAGAAAGAGACCGCCAAGGUAAAGACACAGUCGUCAUUUUCUGCACACUAUCUUGUAAUGAAUCAUUUUAUUCAUUCUUUAUUUGCUUUAGUCUUCAUUUUAUUGUGUUUUUUUCAUGCAGCAGGUUAAAAGCUCCAAACAAGAAGAGAAACACAAGGACAGUGAGAAAAAAAGGAAGAAGCAUGCUGUCAUAGAAUCAGGUGUGUGUAACCCCUCAUACUCUGACUAUGACUCUGUGAAUAGUCCAUCUACAAUCCUCUCUUAUUACAGAUACUGUAAAGUCAAAGAGCUGAUAUUAAAGGGAUAUUCAGAGUUAGACACCCCCUCCAGAGAUGAAUGUUUUUGACCACUUGCUUCUCUAGUUUUACCAACUUUAAGGAAACAUUCUCAUCUCCCUUUUUUAUAUACAGAAACAAGCUCUUUUUGAAUGUUCUCGUCUAUCUGCAGUAGUUUGGUAUUUACACUAACUUGUGUUUUUUGUUUUGCCACGUUGUUUCAUUUCAUUCAUCCUCUAAAUGAACUGCUGAACAACUCUUAUGUGCAGAGACAAAUUCAGAGACAUCUAGACGGGUAACAAGAACAUGGGCAACAUGAGCUGGGAUUGACACCUUGACACUUUGACCCUCACCACCCCUCCGUCGUUCUCUUGCUGUCACAUUUUCUAAUUUUGAGUUUGUCUGUCUUUAGACUCAGAGGACGAGCAGCCAGUGAGGAAGUCAAAAAAAUCCCCUCAAGAGAAAAAGACAAAAAGCAAGACAGCGCUCCAGCCCAAAAAGGAUCCAGUGCAGUAUGUCUCUGAAUCAGGUAAAUGGACUCAGACAGCAGAGGUAAAUGUUUCUGUUGGGCAGGGAGACCUGAACUUCAUGUUGUCAUUGAUUGUUACAGCUGCCAUCAAAGAAAUACAAACAGAAAUAUGCUGAACCAUGUCCAAGUUUUAAAGGUUGUUGUUUUUUUCACCUCUCUCUGUCUGUAGAUUCAGACAACGACAACUUUCAGUCAUUAAAGAAGGUCUCAAAACCAACAAAACCAGAGACACAGAGUUCAGGUCCAGGAGCCAAAGCAGGGAUGAAGUCUCCUACCCAGUCCUCCUCUACUCAGGGGAAAACUGCUGUGAAAUCUCCUUCUGUGCCCGUCACCCCCAAGUCAACUCCACCUCCUCCUCCCAAACACACCCCGACCUCAGUUCUGGACUACUUUGGUAGUGGGGCUGUUCAGCGCUCUGAGAAGAAGCUGGUGGCCAGCACUAAAAGGAAAGCAGUGAGUACUGAUUUUAUUUCAAAGAUUUUAUUAAUCUAAAAAAAAGAAGAAACACUCAUGUUAGGAAACUAAAACGAGGAUCCUUUUACAACAAACUGACUUAGUAAAAACUGAUCCUCUUUGUAGCCAACUCAGGACAUGGUUGAUGAUCUGACUGAUGAGCAGAUCGCCAGAGAGCUGCAGAUGGAAGAGGACAUGGAGGUGAGCUGCACUUUCUGUCUCUGCUCUUCUUUGUACAAUUUAGAUGAUCGAUGAUGUUAGUGAACCGAUCUUCAACUUCUCUGUUAAUUUAAAAUAACUUCUGUGAUUUUUCAGUGUUAAAUUAUAUCUUCUUUUAAUGUGGGAUAAUGAACAGAGUGACGUUAGUUUGUUGGAUAAACAAACAGAUUUGAUCACUUUAAUAUUUAAUUCUUGAGUUUUGUUGAAGAAAAAAAGGAAAUCUGCCGAUCCAUGAGAGGAUUGAUGUCAGUCAUGUCCUCCUGUCUUUAGGGUUAUGAGUCCUUUUAAAAGAGAGUUUUUUUUGUCGGAUGGUAGGGGAAGGUCCUGCCUCCUUCGCCUCUGAUUGGCUAGAAGUGCUGGGCUCUGAUUGGUUAUUUCUUAUGGCUGUGAAACAUCAUCGUCUGUCGGGUUAGGGUUAGGAGAUUCAGACUUGUGAUAAUGUUCUGUUCGAUGUUCAGAGCCGACAGCCGCGCUCGGUCCAAUCAGAGGUGAAGGAGGCGGGACCUUCUCCUACCAUCCUACCAAAAAAAAAGAUUGCGUCCUUAAAAGCCUAAAACAGUUCAUAAACUUCAAGUUUAGGUUAUAUGACCUUUUUUUCCUUCCUUGUUCCUUUCUUCCUCACUCAGCUGGAGAAGCAGGUCCAUGAGGAUGAGGAGUUUGCCAGAACACUGGCCAUGCUGGACGGGAAACCUCCUACAAAGAAGGUGGUUAAAACAACAUAACUAAUGUACAGUCACUCAUAAUGUAGUCAGUUUGUAAAUCUGAUGUUUUUGGUGUUUCAUCGUAAAGGCCCGUAAAGGCUCGGAUGAAAAAACAGGACAAAGGACAAGCCUGUCUGAGGAUGUGAUCAGUCCAACUCCAGAGAAGAAGCCCUCCCCUGUCAGAACCAGCUCCAAACUGGCCCUGAUGAAGAAAAGAGCUGAGGAGAGAGAUGAAGGGUCCAAGGGUAAAACACCAAUUUCACCCACAAAAAUCAAAAUUUCACCCAAAAAGGAGCUGAUGGCCUCGACCAGCUCGGACAUGACCUUCACACCAAAAUCAGGGACCACGCCCAAAACACUCCAAACUUCCCCCAAGAAGCCUGAGGUGAGGACUUAUCCACUUGUCUGUCGGUUUCAAUGCAGUGAAACGACGUUAUGAUGAGCAUUCAAGCUUCUUUAUGUCCCCGCAGAGCACAACUACAAGUCCUGAUGACCCCGAGAAGAAGAAAGCCAACGCCUCAGCUUACAGAAACUUCCUCAACAGAGACGGCCCACGAGCUCUGGGCUCCAAGGAGAUCCCUCAGGUAAACACAAACAUGCUUGUUGGCUGUAAAAAUGUUCUUGUCGUAUCCUCCUCUCUUCUUCUUACUUACUGACUGUUUAUUAUUAUAACUGUUUUUGUCUGUGUGUCUUUCAGGGUGCAGAGAACUGUUUGGAGGACUGUGUGUUCGUGCUAACAGGAGUCCUGGAGUCCAUGGAGAGAGACGAUGCCAAAGCUCUCAUUGAACGCUAUGGUGGGAAGGUGACGGGGAACAUCAGCAAGAAGACCACCUACCUGGUGCAGGGCAGAGACAGCGGUGUUUCCAAGCUUGAAAAGGUGAACCUUUUUUAUGUAGACCAACAAAAUCAGGUCUUCAGACUUGUGAUCAGUGAGAGGACUGAUUUUUGAAUCGUCUGUAAUAAGACUGUAGAUGGUGUGCUGCUACGUUAGGCUUAAAAACGCACAACUAAGAAAUAAUACAUUCCACUUACAUAAACACACACAUAUGUUCAGAAACAAGACUGAGUUUUCUGAGUGUUUAAAAUCAUAGUUUCAGCUGAGUCAGUCCUGCAUUUCUUCUACUGCCUCUUUUCUUUGCUACAUUUCUGCAUCUACUUGUCCGAUUUAACAAAACAUGUCUGUUCAACUCUCCUCGUCCUCAGGCGGAGAGUUUGGGCACCAAGAUCCUGGAUGAAGACGGUCUUUUGGCGCUAAUCAGAACUAAACCGGGAAAGAAGUCCAAGUACGAGAUCGCUGCAGAAGCUGAGGUCAGCUCUGAGCUGAAAACUCUUUAUAUCUUUUUAAGAAAGUUGGAGUUAACCUUCUUUUUUUAUGAAGAAUUACCCUCCAUGAUGCAUCAGAGAGGCUUAUUUAGCAGUCAGGUGAAUUACUACAUUCACAUGAGGGCCAAUAAAGAAAUUAAUUUUCCUGAGAUUCAGUGCUCUGAGUUUGGCUGUCGUCUCUCUUUUGCUUCUGGUUUUCUUUAAACUGUUUCUUAAUGAGAAUUAUUUAUAAAAUUGUAUUAGACAGAUAUUCUCAGAUUUAGUUUAUUGGUGAGGAAACUCCCAACUCAUCUUCACUGGCAAAGACACGACGCCAAAGAUCCUUUAAGAAAAAACAAUAAUAAUCUCACUCGUCUUUUCCAAACUCUGUUUUUUUUUUCUUUUGUAGAGCAAAGUCUCAAAAAGCAGGAUUCCCCCGAGUCACACGACUAAAAGCAGCCCUCAAUCCCAGAAGAUCUCUCCCUCUCAAGGUAACUCCAGGUCCCCCCAGACACCGAGCCCCUCAAAAACCAGCAUGGCACAAGGACACGGUGCCAGGAGCAAAGACAGGGGCACUCCACCAGGGAGAGGCUCAGGUCACUCAGCCAGGAAGGAGCUAAGCCUUUCCUCCAGCUCCUUCCCUUCUUCAUCUUCUGCUCCACCAUCCUCGUCUCCAUCACCCACCACAGAGGGCGCCAGUCUGCUCUGGGUGGACAAGUACCGACCGCGCUCUCUUAAGACUAUAAUCGGCCAGCAGGGAGACCAGAGCUGUGCCAACAAGCUGACGCGCUGGCUGCAGAACUGGCACAAAAACCACAGCGGGGGUGCUACCAAACCUGCAGGUACUUGAGCUCUGCUUUUAUUUUGAAAUGUGUGACAAGAAUCAGAGUAUUAAUCUGUUUAACUUUAACAGUGAGCUCUGCUUUUAUUUUGAAAUGUGUGACAAGAAUGAAAGUAUUAAUCUGUUUAACUUUAACAGUGAGCUCUGCUUUUAUUUUGAAAUGUGUGACAAGAAUCAAAGUAUUAAUCUGUUUAACUUUAACAGUGAGCUCUGCUUUUAUUUUGAAAUGUGUGACAAGAAUCAAAGUAUUAAUCUGUUUAACUUUAACAGUGAGCUCUGCUUGAUACACCUUUGUUGAAGACAGUCUGUGUUGUGCGUCUUUUUCACUGUGUUGCAGCACGGUUUGGUAAGUUUGGAGGAGGGAAAGACGAUGGAUCAGGAUUCAAAGCUGCUCUGCUCUCAGGACCUCCAGGUGUUGGAAAGACCACCACAGCUGCCUUGGUCUGUGAGGUCAGUCUGAAAACACUUGUUUGUUUCUAGUGUUUGGUACUGACACCUGAGUGAGGACAUCUUUGACACUUGAACAUCCUUGUUCGGUCUUAGUGUGUUGUAGAGUGAACCUGUUUUGUUGUGAUGGGUCCAUCCUGCAGGAGCUGGGUUUCAGUUAUGUGGAGAUGAACGCCAGCUGUACUCGCAGCAAAAACAGCCUGAAGGAAGUUGUGGCAGAGUCACUGAACAACACCAGUAUUGAGAAUUUCUACAAAGGUGAGUGCUUCCCAGAGGGACAGUUCUAUGAAUUUUAGCCACUUAAAGGGAAUUUCUGGAGUAAAAUUAAUUUAGGGUCAAACCCACCGUAACACCGAGUUAGACACCCCCUCCAGAGAUGAAUGUUGGCGACCGCUUGCUUCUCUAGUUAUACCAACUUUUGUAAUGACCGCAGGAUAGAUUACACAGCGGUCUGUGGAGCCAUAAACAAACCUCAACCAAAACGCCACUCUAUAGACACAAAUAAUGCUCGAUCACUGAGUGCAGCGGAGUUUCGCAGCUCAAGGAAGAACAUUUAUGAUUAUUACUUCAUAGAAAUACAAUCAGACCCUAGGGACGCUAGGGCAGAAAAACUGUCGUGUCUGCAGUGCAAAAUGAUUAUUAUGAUGAUUAUCACAUCAAGGAAAUGAUCCGCUGUACUCGGUGAUCGACUCGUCAGGGUUCCCCCACAAACAAGCGGCUGCUGGAGGAGGGUGAGUUGUGUUUAGUCUCUUUGCUAAAGAAAUGAGUCAAAGUUAAAAAGAUGUUUGGUGUCUAGUACUAUGUCUGUGACCCUAUAUGUCCUGUUGAUGAAGUUAGGUGCUGUUCUGAGCAUUAUUUGUGGCUAUAGAGUGGCGUUUUGACCGUUACUUAAAUUUACAGCGGAAUAUCCCUUUAACUGUCACCUGCCAUAUUCAGGCUUAAAUUAGUUUAUGAAGGGACGAUGGAGUGUGAUUUGUAGUAUUAGGUCAAAACUUUAUAACCAUUUGUUUUAAUGAACCAUGUGUGUGUGUGUGUGUGUGUGUGUGUGUGUGUGUGUGUGUGUGUGUGUGUGUGUGUGUACAGGCACAUCUCAGACUGUGAGUAGUAAACACGUCCUGAUCAUGGAUGAAGUCGAUGGUAUGGCUGGCAACGAGGACCGCGGUGGAAUCCAGGUAAAGAGAAAAUAACAUUUAAUUUGUCUGAGUCGAUGUAGCAGUUUUAAAAAACCUUUUAAAAAAAAAAUAAUAAUAAAUCUAUGACAGCUGAUGGAUGUGUAAGCUUGUCUUGAAACUUACCUCUGACACUUUGUCUGCUGUAGGAGAUGAUCGGCCUGAUCAAGAAUUCAAAGAUUCCUAUCAUCUGCAUGUGCAACGAUCGCAACCACCAAAAGAUCCGAUCUCUGGCAAACUACUGUUUCGACCUUCGCUUCCAGAGACCAAGAGUGGAACAGAUUAAGGUACAAAAGCACACACCAAAGUGAUGAAAUAAAUGUCUUCCUUUUUAUCGGCUUCUCAGCUUCUGGGUUUUUGGUCUUCAGGGAGCCAUGAUGUCCAUCGCUUUCAAAGAGGGAAUCAAGAUCCCGCCUCCAGCACUUAAUGAAAUCAUCCUAGCCUCCAACCAGGAUGUUCGGCAGGUAAAGAAGACCAACAGAAGAUCCAUGUAGAUCAACUCAUCCUGUGGUUUUGUGUUUCCUCCUCACCACUGUCUGUUCUCUGUCCAGAUCAUCCACAACCUGAGCAUGUGGUCUGCUGGAGACAAGGUCAUGACGUACGAUCAGUGCAAGUCUGACGCAGCCAGAGCCCGUAAGGACAUGAAGAUGGGGCCAUUUGAUGUUUGUCGAAAGGUGUUCGCGGCAGGGGAGGACGCCGACCGCAUGAGCCUAAUCGACAAGUCGGAUCUGUUCUUCCACGACUACUCGCUAGCCCCGCUCUUUGUCCAGGAGAACUACCUGCAUGUUCGGCCAAAAGCUGCAGGGUGAGCGAGGCAAACGUUCUCCAGUGGGAAUCUAAGACCCACUUUACUCCAGUUGCACGAAAACAUGUUUAAAUGAAACAAAAGAGAAAAUCCUCCAGAACUCAAAUCCAGUUCCUGUAUUUACCUGUGCGUACUUUUUUCUUCCAGCAAUGAUCUGAAGUCUCAGUUGGUGUUGCUCAGCAAGACGGCUGACUCCAUCUGUGAUGGAGAUCUUGUGGACAGACGGAUCCGCUCAGGGCAGAACUGGUCCCUGCUGCCCACCCAGGUAACCCACAUCGAUAAGCAAACGCUCUAAAGUGGUGAAGGUGUGAAAUGGCACACGUUGUAGGGGUGGGAGAAAAAAUCCAUACAGCAUUUUAUCGUGAUAUUUUUUCUGGUGAUAUAUCGUAUCGUCUCCUUGACUAAUUAUCCAUUUUUUUUCCAAAUUAAUUGUUAAUAUGAAGUCAAAUCUAUGAUAAUGGGAAAAUAAAAUCAUCUGUUUGUCCAGUGAGGUUCGCAGAAGUGACAAGAAAGUUAGUGCAACAAAUAUCGCAGCACCUGAGGAUAGACAUUAGGAAUGCAGGCAGGACACAAAUGAGAUGGACCUGACACAUGAGGUUUGCAAGAUGUGCAACAUGAACAUGAAAUACUGAGUAAAUAAGACAAACAUAAAGGAAAGACAAAUGCUAAAUUAGCUAAACAGUUGAAAAAAUUGUAUAAAUUGCAAUAUAUUGUAUCACAAUAGUCACUAUCACAAAAUGUUAAAAUCUCAAUAAUAUCGUAUCAUGGCCCAAGUAUGGUGAUAAUAUGGUAUCGUGGGGCCACAGGUGAUUUUCACCCCUAACAAGUUGACAGGAUGAUUUUAUUCAGAGUGACAUUUGUGCCGAGUAAUUCUAGCGUCAGUCCCCAUCACUGUCUGUACAGGAUCAGCUCGGAUCUGGGCCAUCUUGAGAAACCUUGAGCAGAACCCGACAGUCGUCUGCUGCUAUUGUGUUGGUGUUAGAGAGGGGACGUGUCAUCGGUAUCUGUGUUUUUUAUAGGCCAUCUAUGCCAGCGUGCUUCCAGGCGAGCUCAUGAGAGGCUACAUGAGUCAGUUCCCCUCCUUCCCCAGCUGGCUCGGCAAAUACUCGUCCACAAACAAACACUCUCGCAUCGUCCAGGAGCUGUCCUCACACAUGGGUCUAAAGUGAGCAAGCCUUCCUCGCCAGCAUGUGUCCUCUCUGACUAUACCAAAGAAAAUAAUCACAUUAAAGUGCCCUGUGUGUUUUUGGCUUCCUCAGGACUCUGAGCAGCAAACAGGCGGUGAACCUGGACUACCUGCACUACCUACGGCAGGCGCUGCUGAGCCCACUUCAGAGGAGAGGAGCGGAGGGCGCCAGUGAGGCCGUGCAGCUGCUGGACGACUACCAGCUCAUCAGAGAGGAUGUAGACAGCAUCAUGGAGAUCAGUGUCUGGGGGGGACAGCCUGAUCCCUACUCCAGACUGGACUCUAAGGUGAGCAGCUGAGGGGAUGAAGUUUAGUAGCUGGUUUGGGGUCAAUUUGUUUUGCUUUUAAUUCUGCUGUUAAUUCUUGUAUCAAUCCAACACAGCUUCUCUGUCCACCGUAGAUCAACUACAGACAGACUAGCUUCAGUACUGACACAUCAUUAGUGUUGAUAUUUGACAGUAUGGUUCGACCUUUUAUAGCGUCACUUAAGGAAGUUACUUGAACCACAUUUCUGCCGAUCAUGAUCUCUUUUGGUAGCAUCCAUCAAAAUUACCAUGACCCUCUUCUCUGUCUGUCUCCUCACAGGUAAAAGCAGCUUUCACACGGGCGUACAAUAAAGAAGUCCACCUCACACCGUACUCACUACAAGUGGUGAAGAAAGGCCGACGUGGUGGAGGUGGAGGGGAGUCCGAGUUAGGAGGAGAGGACAUGGACAACGAGGUGCAGGAGUCAGAGGAUGAGGAAGCGGGCUUAAAAACAGAUGCCAUGAUCAAAGUAAGAUUAGGAGAAAUUGAUUAUUUAACUUAAAUACCAAAGACUUUCUUCUUAUUUUCUCUGACAUCUUGUCUGCGUUGUUUCUCUGCAGCAGAAAAAGGCAAAAGCCACCAAGGAGACAAAGAAGGAGACAAAGAAGGAGACGAAGAAAGAGGAUUCUGGCAAGGGAAAAGGCAAGGGCAAAGGAAAGGGCAAGAAAUAACAGAGGAAGAGAAAAUGAGGAAAACAGACGUUCCUCCGCCCCCCACAGACUCUUAUAACACUCGCAGUAAUCCUCUCCUGAGCAUCAGAAAGUAGUGAAGCUGGUCUUAGAUUCUGCAGGUAACUCAUGUGUCCCCUUUCAGCACUUGAUUCUGAGUCUGUCCACACACCACUGAGACAUCAACUGUUUUUUAAACUUCCUGUCAUGUUUCAACAGAGACCUUCCAAUGAUGCGUAUUAUCUGCUGGUUACACCCGUUAUCAUGUCUUUAUCCCUCUGUAGUAAUGCGUGUCUUAACAGGAGUUACAGGCUUGAGUUUUAGCCUUCAGUAGUUUGUGAUCCAGGUGUGGGAGCUGUAAAUAAUAGGACUCUGGUGUACUAGACUGCAGCCUUUGGCUACUUGAGCUAGCUUUAGUGCCACAGUUGUUGGCACUGAUGUUCAUGUAUAUUUCAAUUUUGUAUAAAUGUCAUGAGGAGAAGUAGAGAAAUGUGUCCUGCAUGAGCGUCUUUUUUGUUGUUGUUGUUCUAAAUUACAAGUUUUCAAAAAUGACCUGUUGUUGAAUUAUGAAACCAACAAAUACUGUCACAAUUUCAACACAAACCUUUGGAUAUGAUAAAUCUAGGCCAAUUAUUUUGUAUAUGAUAAAGAGGAAAAAUGUUCAAACUAAAA